AUGGAACCUAAUUCUUGCGGCCUAUAUGAGCGCAGCCCGCUGGAUGGUCUCGCGAGAUCUAUAAGGAUAGAGAGAGAAACGGAGGAAGGCGGAGUUUGAGGUAAUUGUAGGAGUUGCCUUCCUGGGGUAGUUUGACAGCCCGAGCCCGCUUUUAUCUUCCUGCUUUCCUCCCUGUUGCUAUGGGAAAGACUGCUGCUCGGAGCUUUAGGCGAAGAAAUGCUGUAAUCUUCACUGCGACAUUUCUAAGGCAACCUCUUUGAUUUAUCGAUUAACGUGAAUUCCUGUAAUGAAAAGUGCUUUUUUUCACCUCGUUUUCGCUUACCCAGCCUCCUCCUUCUUGUGCUAUAUCAGUUAUCGGACUUUGGCGAUCAUGUUGGCGAUCCUGUUUUUAUCAGCAGCCGCACGAAAAAGUGCUGUUGAGUUUUGUCCAAACCCUAAGUUACUGAAACUGCUGGACUUCCGCUUAUUUUAAACACAAUUUGCUUUACUCCGCAGCAGUGUUGUCUCAAGAAAUCAAAAGCGCGCACUCUGCUUCGUUGCCUUGUACGGACCCAACGCUGAUGCCAUAUUCACUCGUACGCAGAAUCAAGCUGGUGUUUUACUCAUUUGCCCAUCUCUUACUCUUGGCAAAAGAGCAAACUACUAACAUGCAAUACUCGUUUCCAUCUUUUUUGUUUCAGGAACAGGAUCUGUAAGGGGAAUCACGCUUUAUAAAUUAUAUUACCUUCAACUUAUUUGUUAAAUGUAUAUGGCCACCCAUCUCCCCAAAGUGAUUCUGGGCGACCUACAACAAUAAAAAAAUAACCAAAAAUUCAUUUAAAAUAUAGAGGACAUAACAAGAUAUUAAAUGCCGCUCUGCGGAAAAAAUAUUUCUUCAAAAAUGCGAAAGUAACAUAACCCUAAAUCUCCCAUUUUAAAAGUCGAGCCCCAAACACAUCAGGAACGCCUCUAACAGCCGCCUCAAAACGGCUCACACAAUUCUGCAGCAGUUUCAGACGCUGCGACCUGCCCCGCCAUCUACUGAUGGAUGAGGACCCAUCAGAAACCAUCGCUCGAAUGGGACCCCGAAAGGCGUUCUGUCCAUUGAAUCUCAUGUCGGCUGUGCGUGACUUGAAACUUCGCCCGCAAGCAGAAUUGACGGCGAAUGCGUCACAAUUCUGACUAGCGACAGCACCUCACUACCGCACGCCAGGCGGAGUUUUUACCAUUGUCCCGCUCUCUGACCCCGCCAAAUCCGGCGAAAACCGAAAGGGCGAACAGUGGGCUGCGGAGGGGGAAGCGCGGGCGCUCCGCACAUGGGACAGGGGGAGGCGGGCGAGCAGCCUAACGCGCGGCUUCACCCUCCCAUGCAGAGGAGGGGACGGUGCCGUAUGCGCUUAGAAGAACCGGGGGGCGUGGCUUUCCUUAGUCCCAGCUCGGAAGGAAGUGACAGCAGCGGCGCCGAAGAAAUUUGGUGGCGCGCACAACGGCGCGCGAAGAUACCGGCCGUACGCACGCGCCGGCCGGCCCGCCCACGCCCGGCGCAGGCGCAAGGAACAUCUUUAGAGCGCACGCGCGGGAGCUCAGUGGGGCUGCCGUCGCUGGCCGCCAUGGAACGGAAAGUUCUAGCAUUGCAAGCCCGAAAGAAACGGACCAAAGCCAAGAAAGAAAAGGCCCAGAGAAAGCCCGAAACUCAACAUCGUGGCCCUACUGCCCAUGCAGAGAAUGACCUUCCUGAACAAGAAGAAGAAAUACUGGGGUCAGAUGAUGAUGAGCAAGAAGAUCCCAAUGAUUAUUGCAAAGGUGGAUAUCAUCUAGUAAAAAUAGGAGAUCUGUUCAAUGGAAGAUACCACGUAAUCCGAAAACUGGGAUGGGGACACUUUUCUACAGUGUGGUUAUCGUGGGACAUUCAGGGGAAGAGAUUUGUGGCAAUGAAAGUUGUAAAGAGUGCUGAGCAUUACACAGAAACAGCUUUGGAUGAAAUUAAACUCCUGAAAUCUGUCCGCAACACUGACCCAGAUGAUCCAAAUCGAGACGGAGUAGUUCAGCUUUUAGAUGACUUCAAAAUCUCAGGAAUUAAUGGUUCCCAUAUUUGUAUGGUAUUUGAAGUUUUAGGGCAUCAUCUUCUGAAAUGGAUCAUCAAAUCAAAUUAUCAGGGGCUUCCACAACUUUGUGUAAAACAAAUCAUCCAUCAGGUCUUGCAAGGGCUGGAUUAUUUGCAUUCUAAAUGUCGGAUUAUCCAUACUGAUAUUAAACCAGAAAACAUUUUGCUGUGUGUUAAUGACCAGUACAUCCGUAAACUAGCUGCAGAAGCUACAGAGUGGCAAAGAUCUGGAGCCCCUCCGCCUUCUGGCUCUGCAGUGAGUACUGCACCACAGCCCAAACCAGCUGACAAAAUGUCCAAAAAUAAGAAAAAGAAAUUGAAAAAAAAGCAGAAACGACAAGCAGAACUGUUGGAGAAACGAAUACAAGAAAUCGAAGAGAUGGAGAAGGAAUCAAAUCCUCUGCAAACUGAGUCUGAAGAACAACAAGAAGAAGUGGAGAGACCAGUUGAGCUAAUUUUAAAAGAGAGCUCCCCAGAUGAGGGGCUGCCAGCAAAGACAGAGCAAAGUAGCUUAAUGGAGGGAAUUGAAAAAUGUGUAACAGAAAUCAAUUGCAAUGGAUUGGUGCAAAUGUCUGCCUUCUCAAAAUCCAUCAGUCAAGUAGCUGUGAAACUCGAGGAGGACGUUCAUAAUGCCAAUGAUUUCACUGACCCUUCUCAAGAGCAGGAAGAAGAGAGCAGUGCUUACAGCCAAAGCAAUGGUGGUUCAGAGAACCUAAUACAGGAAGCAAUAUCACAGCUUCCUGUACCCUUAAUUUCAGAGGUUCUGGAUUCAAUGGUUUGUCAGGAAGCCACAUGUGAGGAGCAGUAUUUAAAUGAACAGCAAAUCAGCCAAUUACAAGAAAGCAUCCGGUCAGAAAUUCCUUCGGAAGAUGAGAAUGAAAAUAAUGGGUCUUCUGAAAACAGUAAAGAAAAAGCUGCUGCUGGAAAUUUCCUCCUUAAUCCGCUUGAGCCUGGGAAUGCAGAAAAACUCAAAGUGAAGAUAGCAGAUCUAGGAAACGCUUGCUGGGUGCAUAAACAUUUUACGGAGGACAUUCAGACAAGGCAAUACAGAGCUUUGGAAGUACUGAUUGGAGCAGGAUAUAGCACUCCAGCUGAUGUUUGGAGCACUGCCUGCAUGGCCUUUGAACUGGCUACAGGUGACUAUUUGUUUGAGCCUCACUCUGGUGAAGAUUACUCUCGGGAUGAAGAUCAUAUUGCGUUGAUUAUAGAACUUCUGGGGAAAAUACCUCGUAAGCUCAUCGUAUCUGGAAAAUAUUCCAAGGAGUUUUUCACCAAAAAAGGUGAUCUGAAGCACAUUACUAAAUUAAAGCCAUGGGGUCUCUUUGAAGUAUUGGUGGAAAAAUAUGAAUGGUCCCAAGAUGAUGCAGCUGCAUUCACAGACUUCUUAUUACCUAUGCUGGAGCUGAAUCCUGAAAAAAGAGCUACAGCAGCACAGUGUCUCAGGCAUCCCUGGCUCAACUUCUAAACACUCCAGUCUGAUAUGGUGGCCCUCUAAUUGGAUUACAGGAUAAAAUAUAUAAACACUCACACACACAUGCACACAUACACACACACACACACAUACACACAGAGAGACAUACACAAACCUAGAUGUCCCAGCUGUCCCUUUUCCUUCUUCCAGGUCAACUUUUUCCUUGUUGAUUUUCAGAGUGAAGCUUCUCCUUGAAGGCUUUUUAGAUUUUAGAUAAAUCUAACUGUUCAUGUGAGAUUGUGUAUUUGACUUGGUGGGGACUAUUACUAGCCAGUGGACAUCCAAUAUGAUUUGCAAUGAUUGGAGUUUGCCAAAGAAUUUUUAUGGGAAUGUUGAAAUUAUUGCAUAGUCUCUUCCUUACACAGAUACCUUACCUAAAAGGAAAUCUUCAUGGGGAUAAAGUCCCUUAAGUAUAUUGCAGUCAUCCCAAGGGGGAUGUGACGAGCUUGUGAAUCCCUCCUUAGCUCACUGACUCUGGGAGUCAUUUCUUAGUGCACAGUCAGUUGCUGUGGCAGUAAGAGGAAAAAUAGCAGAUGGCACCAAGGUGGUAGCUCCAUGAGGAGCACUAGAUUCAACUAAAUCCUUAAGUGUCUGCUCUGCUGCUUGGAUAACUUUUUUUUUCUUAUUUUUUUUGGACAUACUUUAGCCAUUGAAUCUUUUGAAGUUUUAUAUAUAUAUAUAUAUAUUUAUAUAUAUUUAUAUAUAACUUACACAUAUACACACAUGCCAUUUUUGAUUUUUGGUGCUCAGGGUAGUUCUGAGUCCAAUAAACUUUGCUCUCCAAAGGUGGGGCAUAUAAACCUGAAUAAAUUUCACAAGGGAAAUAAAAUGAAAGAAUGUGGUAAAAGUAACCAUUUCUGCAGUAUGUUCUAUGCAUUUAUUGGCUGCAGAGGGGAGUCAGAGUACCCAUAUUCUAUGCCAGGUCUGUCCAGUACGUAGCCUUGGGCAAUAUGUCACUGCCAGCUUGAGCUCGAUAAAGUAUUUCUGCAACCCAACCUGGAGUUCAAAAGUAGGAAUUUACCAAGUUUGUGGCAGUCCACUUGUUACGUAGGUCUGCUUUAUGCCAUUGGUGUCAUAUUGGCCAUGCGUGAAAUUGUAUUUUUAUUAGAGAGCAGUUCUCCGAAAGAUAGAUUAUAUCCUUACUAUAAAAUAAGGAAAGAUGGUAUUAGUGCUAUCUUUUCAACCUUGCUUUAUGCCCAGACCUAGAACCAACAAAUGUUAAUGAAUGUAAUGUUAUCAACUGUGUUAACUAGUCUAGAAUGCUAGACUUUAGAAAUUAACUUUUUAAAUAGAAUGCUGUUUUUACUUAUAUAUUAACUUCAGGACAAAUAGUCUUAAUUUCUUUCCAGUAGAGAUGAAGUGACAAAUUCUGUUUUCAAAACCAUUACAAACAUACUGCUCAACAGAAUAUAUUGUAACUUUUAAACUCUAAGAAGAACUGGUUGUGACUGAAUCUUAUCAGAUUUUUUUUAACUGGAAGAAUAUAAAACACUUUUUAGUUUUACCGUAAGCAUCUCCUAGACUAUCCCUGGUUACUUUCUUUUAAAUGUCUUUUGUAUCCAGCUGUAAUGAUAGGUUUGGGGUAGCUGGGACUUCAGUUGCCUUCCCAACAUGGACCAAAUAGAAUUUUGAGAUUAGAAAACUCUCCAAGGCUGGAAAAUGCUAGAGAACUGAUACUUUUCAGGCCCUGUUUGGGACAAUUCAGUGCAUAUGCCAGUAGCAAGGUCAUUCUUUUCAUUGUGUGACAAAUCCCCAUUUAAAGUCCUUUUAAGAUGCUCCCCUUUGCUGAAAAAAAAAAUCUGGUUAGCAUGUGUUAAUAAAGCAUCAUAUCUCCUGUUUAAUUUGGUAAUGCUACUGAGACUGGGGUUUUAGCAAAAAGUUCGUUUCUGUUUAGAAAAGCUUAAAUAAAGUUCUCUGGGCGUAAUCUUAAAAGGAAAAAAUGUUCCAAAAGUUUUAAUUUUAUUCAUAUUAUUUGGGGUAUCUUGCCUCCCGAAAGCACUUCUGUGCCUGUCUGUAAAAAGAUUUAGGAUAGGACUAGAAUGUAUGUUUGUAUUUCCUUUCUGAAUACUGUGAAGACAUUUUGGCAAGAAGAAUUGAACUUCUGGUGACAGUGUAGCCUCACUUGCAUAGCCUGGCUAUCUGACUAGAACGGGUAGGCAACCUUGGCUCUUUUGUGACUUGUGGACUUCAACUCUCUAGAAUUCUGGGAGUUGAAGUCCACGAGUCAUAAAAGAGCCAAGGUUGCCUACCCUGGACUAGAACAAGAGGCAUCUCUUGGUUGUAAUAAAGACUUGUUCUCCAAUGAAGGAGACUGCUCACAGCUCUUUUGCACUAAAAGAGAAGUUCUGAGAUAACACGAGUGGUAGCUUGUCUGGAUUGUCUGCGUACUUCGUAGUUCACAUCAGGUUCACUCAACUUCCAAAUUGCCAUAAAGUGCUCACUAACCAAUUUGUACUUGUUUUGCUGACCUAAAACUAGAAGGAAAAUACAUUUUUAUUCUUUC